AUGGCGCUUCUCAAUCCCGCCAUCCAGUCCCCCGCCCACGGCGCCGACCUGGCGCGCCCCCUCACCCCUCCAAACACACACGGCUCGUCCCAGUUCGACUCGCCCGAAUUGACCGCGCCCCCUCAGCGUGUCUCCUACUCGCCUCCAUUACUCCACCCCUCCUUGCCCUACGCGAGCAAUAAUAGCGGACGGAGUGACCGACCGAACUCCAACUUUUCUUCACGGCGCUCGUCGUUCGCGUCGGAUCGACCGGGGAAGGGCGACCUCAAAGCGCGACCCAUCAGCUUGUCGGUCAACUAUGUGCCGGCCAAGUUUACGCGGAUGCACAAUCAGGGCGAAGGGGGCAGUAUCACCAUGCGGAAGCGGAGGAAGCAGGGUGGAGGGAGGGAAGCGUUCGCGGAUGAUGCCGGAAGGAUGGGGCAGAUGGGGAUGGUGGAUGACGAUGAGGGGGUGGAGUAUAAGAUGGCGAGGGGUGGAGUGAGGCGGAAGGGAGGGAAGAGAAAGGGGCUGAGAUGGAAUCGCUUCAAGGCACUCUUGUUUGCUGCCAACACAGUCAUCAUGCUGUAUGGGCUGGCCACUCUGGUCGCUGCUAUCCUCGUCUGGCUCAACGUCUUCUCCUAUGCCGAUGUCAUCCGAGUAGGGAACAAGGAAGAGCUCAUCGUCUCCACCGUCGCAGCCGCUCUCUGCACCCUCACCGCCGUGUUCGGCUACUCUGGCAUCAUCCUCAAUAACCGCGCUUUCCUCGCUGUCUACACCCUGCUUCUAUGGAUCGACCUGGGCUUCAUCGCCGCCCCAGGAUACAUGACCUACAAACAGCGAACCUUCAACCUCGAAGGCAAGCUGAACCAGCAAUGGAGUCGAUACCUAGGCACCGAAGGGAGACUACGGAUCCAAGACGCCCUCGUCUGCUGUGGCUACUUUUCCCCUUUUAUCGAAGCGACCCAAUCCCCGCUCUGCUACUCCCGCUCCAACCUCCCCGGUUGCAAGGCCCGCUAUCUCCGGCUGGAACGUACCGUCCUCGGCGUAUGGUACGCCGUUGCCUUCGGAAUGGUCGGCGCACACAUUAUCAUCAUCGUCGCGGCGCUGCUGUGCUCGAACCACGUGACGUAUCGCUUCGGAAAGGGGUUGACGCCGAAGCGGUACAGGCUGGAUCUGAGGAGUAUGGGAGUGAUCCUGGAUGAUUACGCCAACCAAAUCGCAGCUCAGUAUGGCGACAAUGUAGCCCAAGAGGCACUCACCCGAUCU